AUGGGCUCUGAACAAGACAUGAAGCCUCUGGGCCAGGACUUUACCAAGUCGGUGAUUGACGCCACCGGGCCCAACGCGACCCCGCGCAUGCGCACCGUCAUGUCUGCCUUUAUCCAGCACAUUCACGACUUUGCGCGCGAGGUCGACCUGACCAUGGACGAGUGGCUGGUCGGUGUCAACAUGAUCAACUGGGCGGGCCAGAUGAGCAACGACCGACGCAACGAGGGCCAGCUCAUGUGCGACGUAAUCGGUCUCGAAUCUCUUGUCGAUGACAUUACCGUUCGCGCCGCCACCAAAGCCGGAAAGCCCUCCACCUCAACCGCCAUCCUCGGGCCAUUUUGGCGAGCCGACGCGCCCGUUCGCGAGAAUGGCACGACAAUCACAUUUGAUACGCCGAGUGAUGGGCAGGUCACCUUCAUGCACGGCCAGGUUACGUGCGCCGAGACGGGCAAGCCUCUUGCCAAUGCAAAGGUUGAUGUCUGGCAGGCCUCCACCAACGGUCUUUACGAACAGCAGGAUGAGAAGCAAAUUGAUCACAACCUCCGUGGCGUCUUCGUCACAGACGCCGAGGGAAAAUACUCAUUCUACUGUCUGCGCCCAACACCGUACCCGGUACCCAUGGAUGGCCCUGCCGGCAAGCUCUUGAAGCUUCUCGACCGACACGAGUUUAGACCUGCCCAUAUUCACCUCAUUGUAACCGCAGAAGGCUUCAAACCUUUGACGACGCAAAUUUUCGACAGCAAAUCCGCCUAUCUCGAGGAUGACAGUGUCUUUGCUGUCAAGGAUGGGCUCACCGUGGACUUUGUGCCACGCAAGGAUGACGCCAAGGCGGAGUGGGAUCUCGAGUAUAAUGUCAAGCUUGCUGCUGCCUAA